AUGAACUAUGGCCAUCAAGAUGAGGAUGAUGAACGUUUUUCGCAUCUUUUUUAUGAAAGUUAUAACUCUGAUAAGGUUGAUACUGUUGAUUAUUCUGCAUUGUUGGCUCAAUUGUUUCCAGAAUAUUUGAAAUGGUUUGAUUCAAUUUUAGUUCAAUUCUUCAAGGAUCCUUUGAUUCAUUAUGUUAGAUAUCAAGGAAAAUCCAUUCUGGCUUCAAAGAAUGCGCUUUUUUUGAUGAAUAAAUGGAGAUACUAUCUCAUUUAUUUCUGGCAAUGUUAUUUUGAUAUUUGGUCUCAACCCCGAAUGAUCCAUAUAAACGAAUUAUUUGAGAAUUCAUUUCAUUUUUUUUGGGGGGGCUAUCUUUCAAAUGUACGGCUAAACUUUUCAGUGGUACGGAGUCAAAUGCUAGAAAAUUCAUUUCUAAUAGAAAUUGUUAUGAAAAAACUUGAUACAAUAGUCCCAAUUAUUCCCUUAAUUAGAUCUUUAGCUAAAGCGAAAUUUUGUAAUAUAUUAGGACAUCCCAUUAGUAAGCCCGUUUGGGCCGAUUCAUCUGAUUUUGAUAUAAUUGACCGGUAUUUGCGGAUAUGCAGAAAUCUUUCUCAUUAUUAUAAUGGAUCCUCAAAAAAAAGUUUGUAUCGAAUAAAAUAUAUAAUUCGGCUUUCUUGUAUUAAAACUUUGGCUCGUAAACACAAGAGGACUUUACGCGCUUUUUUGAAAAGAUUAGAUUCAGAAGAAUUAUUAAAAGAAUUCUUUACAGAGGAAGAAGAGAUUCUUUCUUUGAUCUUUCCAAGAUCUUCGUCUACUUUGCGGAGGUUAUAUAGAAGUCGGAUUUGGUAUUUGGAUAUUCUUUUCAGUAACGAUCCAAUCAAUGUAAAUUGAUAAAUCAAAAUCAUCCUUACCUAAAAUUUGGAUAAAAAAUG